UGCUAACCCACCGAAAGUGUGUGCGCGCGCUCGCUCUCCUCCAUGCAUGUGUGUGCAUAUUGUAUAUAUUUUUUAUAUAUAUAGCGUACACUGUAUAGGUAGUUCGAACGCUUGUCUGCGUGCGAGUAUACUGUAUAUAUCGUGCGUGUGUGUGUGCGCGCGCCCGUGUAAUUUUGUGCGCUUGUGCCCGUAGCGUACUUGCGCAAGCGUUAGCGCGUGCGGAAGUGUGUGCGAGAGUAUGACGCGCGCGAUAAUCCAACGACAGAGACCACGGACGGUGCGCUCGCGUCCUGUGUUAGUCGUGCCGCGACGAUGGAAUACGGACCAGAAAUAACGUGAUUAUCCGCGCGGCCCCGUGGGCGAUCGCAGUCGCGUUUUAUGUUAAUAUUAUUAUUGUAAUAUUAUUUCCCAUAUUAUAAUAUUAUUUUUUGUCUGUCCUAUCGGUCCACGAGCGCGCCGCGCGCGCGUGUGUGUGCAUGUGGUGUGUGUGUUUGUGACUACGUGUGUGAGUGCGCGCCGUGUUUUCGCGUCGUCGUCGGAUAUAGUGCAGCACACCAUACAUUACAUUUAAUAUAAUAAUAAUAAUAAUAAUAAUAAUAAUAUUAUCAUUAUUAUCGUCAGCAUCAUCGUCGUCACCGCGCCACGCGUAGCCUAAGCGUAGCUGUCUAUAAUCGUCGACCGUGGUGCCGAUCGCACGCGGCGGCGGUGUUGGUCGUGGUGUUUUGUAUUAUAUUUAACAUUAUUUUGUCUGAUAUUGCACGCGCGCGUAACGUACACCGUGUCGCCGGUAGUGGCCGUGGUGGCGCAGGUGACAUUUUUUUCGCGCUUCAUCAUCGGCCGUUCGCUACAGUGUGUUACAAAACGCGCCGCCAAACAAUGUAAUGACGUAUAAACUUCGCGAACACGCGAACGACAUUCCGGCGCCGUUUCCGAUUCCGAUAUCGUCGCCGUCUUGUGUGUGCUGUUGUACGUGCGCGGUGCGUUAGUGACGUCGUGUUUGCCGACCGGGUUUCGGCACAUAUAGAAAAUCUGGCUGGGACGGACGCGGCCGGGCGCCGGUGCGGGUGGCGGUGGGGAAGGCGGUGGCGGCGGCGGCAGUGCUGCUCGCACAAUGGCGGAUUGCCGUGGGCACGUAUUCACCAAGAAAACUUUCCACCUACCGGCCUACUGUCACAAUUGCACCAAUUUGUUGUGGGGCGUCGUGACGCAGGGCAAUUUCUGCACAGGUUUGUCCCCCCAUUUGUCUCUACCGCGCGCGCCCCCCCCCACCCUCUACAUGACCCCCGCUUCGUCGUACCUAUAUUAAUAUAAUAAGACGCGUGUACCUAUUUAUUAUUGUUAUUAUUUCCAUUACCCGUAUGUUAAGUACCUAACAAAAUAUAAAAAACGGUGGUGGUGAUGUACAAUACCUACGGUGUUGGUGGUGGCGGGUGUGGAUGUGGUGAUAACGAUGGCGGUGACGGGUUUGCUGAUGACGCCUAUCCGUCUCACCAAUGAUGACAUUGUUUUUUUUUUUUUCUAAAGAUAUAUGUACCAAUAUAAUGCGAUGGCUGAGAAGAGUUUGUACAAUCAAUUCGUUUAGUAGGUAUAUUACAGACGCAAAUGCGGAUAUUGGCCCGAUCGUUUCUGUGCAAUUCACGUAUCUAAAUACAGCCAUACAGAUUUAUACGAUUUUUUCGCGUGUUACGUGUGAUUUUUAAAAAAAUAUUUAACCAUGUAUACCGGCUAAUGUAUAAAACGAUAGCCGCGAGUAGUGGAUUUUUUUUUUAAUUUUAUUUUUAUAACCGAUUUCGUUGACCCCGAUUCAAUCCAUAUAUAUAUAUAUAUAUACCUGCGUAUAAUUCUGAAGGAAAAAAAUAAGCUCUUUGUCGUAUUUCCGUAUUCAUCAAAUUGGCUUUCGUCUUAAAAGUUUAAUAAAAAAAUAUCGACAAUAUUGGCGAAAAUGUUAUAUUUAUCCAGAUUCUAGGUAUAUGUUGUAUUUAUAGUUAUCAUUAUAUUUUAAAUGUUCGGUUUUCGUCCUCUUUUAUCGAGUUCUUUGGACCUUAUUGUAUUUACGUCUCAUGUCCGAUAUGUCUGUUAGAGUUUCCCUCCGUAACUUUAAUGUACUACCUAUUUUUUUUUUAAACCACAUCCUAAAAAAAAACGGUUUCGAUUGUUAUUUCGUGUUUAUAAUACGUACGUACAUAUUAUACAUUAGUUAGCAAAAAUUAUAUAAAUCUUAUUAAUCGUCGGAUUAUUAUUUUGUAAGACAAUCGAAGUGUAGUUCAUUUACUUACACACGCAGUGUAUCGGGUAUACUGCAGCAACUAAACAUUGAAUACAAUAUAAUUAAUAUGUUUUAAUAUAUAGGUGCCUAUUUUUUUUUAACGGCAAACACCAAGAUCAUGAUGUUAUUUUAUAGUAUUUUGUAAUAAACCAUCACACAUGUAUACCUAUAAUAUAUUUAUUAUAACAUUUUGUUGAUGCACGGUAAUUAUUGUAGUAGCUAUAUGACCUAUUUGGUUCUUGUCGACGUCACUGAAAGUAUUAUAACAUUGAUCUGCGGUGAAGUGGCCGAUAGAACGACAAGAGAAAGACAAACAAAACAUAACGGUAUAAUAAUAAUUGUACGAUGCUCCCAACACGCUUUAUUUAAUAAAUCAAUUUUGUGCUAAUAUUCACAUAAAAAUCCCAAAUAUACGAUUGUAUUUAGGAAAAAUUAGGUUAAACAUAUUGUCAUACACUUAAUACAUUUCAUAUAAAAAGUGCUCAUAUAAGUACAUGAGCAUCAAUAAAAAUUAUUUAGUUCUAAAGGACAAAUAUGGAAAAUUAUUUCGAUUUAUAACGGUUGUUGUGUAUAAAGUUCAAUUAUAAUAUUAAAAAGAAAAGAAGAAUUUGAAUUUGAAGAAUUAUUACAUUAAAAGUAUACCUACUUAUUUUAUGAUAUAAAAUUUCGGUAAAAAUAUUAACAGUUGUGGUUAAAAAUAGGAGACGUUUUUGAUAGAUAAAUAUCAUGUAUACAAAAUAUAACUGUAUGUAGUAACUAAUAAGCAUCUGAUAUUUAGUAUACUAUAAUAUCGCAUUAUACAAUCAAUCAAAAAGUUUAAAAAAAAAACACAGCGUUAAAAUAAGAAUGCAUUGAAAUUAUGAAAUUAUAAUAUUAUCCCUUCUGUAUAUAAUUUCCUAAAACGAUGUUAUCGUCACUUCCAUGGAAAAGCCACAUUACUAGAAAUUUCGGUUUUUUUUUUUUUAUAGUUUCAUGUUUUGAUUUUUUACUCAUAUUUUAUACGGCUUUGGAAUAAAUAAUCUGUUAUUUUUCUAGUGAUAAUGGAUUAUUCCAAAUAUUCCUAUUUAGAAAUUUUAAAACAAAAACACCUAUCUCGAUUAUCAGUUUUCCCUACCUCCUGAACUAUAUGUUGAACUAUAAUAAUGAAAAAUUGAUUUGCGUAGUUUUGCUAUAGAGACGACAUUAUGUUAUUUUUUAUUAAACGGCGUUCCGUGUAUGCAAUAUAAGUGCAUAUUAAUUUUCAUAUUUAUUUGGUUCUUAUAGCUAAUGGUCAAUGAAUUGAAUUUUCCAAAUCCGAUUGUAAAAAUAUACGUUCGCGAAGAUAAUAAUUUUAUUUUUGUAUAAAAAAUAAACUAUAAAUAUUUUUACUGUAAACGUGUUGUGUUUCCAGCACUGUUAGCAAACAUCUUCGUGACGUCAAAAGCAAAAACUUGCUCGACCCGUAUUCCCGGCGGUGCGCCGUAAUCCCUAUGGGACUUGCAGCCCCCUAAACAAUUUUAUUCUGCAGUUACAAAACAUCCAUAACUAUUAUUAUUAUUAUUAUUAUUAUUAUUAUACACUCCCCCCUCUUUAUAAAAAUGUAUAUUUUUAUAUAUUACCUAUAUAAUAAUAUUAUGAAAAUGGAUAAGUAUAUGCAGCGUAAUAAAUAAAUUGCCUUCAAAAAAAAAAAAAAAUACAAUAUAAUAAUUUUACCCAAGUGUACAUUCUUUAAAUAUCAUCAUGUAUCCAGGUGCACGACAGAACACGAACUUCCGAAAGUAAUUGAAAUUUAAUUUAGAAUCUCUAUUGGAAUUUAUUGGUUCAAAUGUAAGUAGAUAGUUCUAAAUAAUUUUUCAAUAUUUUACGAUAAUAUAUUUACAGCAUUAUUAGUUAGGUAAGUACAGUCCCGGGGGUGUAACAUUAUUAAUUCUUAUACUAUACUGAUUAAGCGUUUAAAAUAAAGUUAAUUUUAGGUUAAUAACCUACUAUUAUAUAUUAUAUAAAUUACAUUUUAGUAUAAAUUGUCUAUAUUUACCUGUGUGCCAAUGGAUAUUUGUUAAGGAGAUUUUUCUCUAUUCUAAUAGACCCACAGUACUAAAGACCAUUAACAUCCCACAGUAGAAUACGAUUUUGCUUACUGUAUGUUUCCUGGAAAAUGAAUAAUAAAUUAUUGAAUUGGAUAAAUAAUAGAUUUUUGUUUAACAAAAAUUGUAUUUUAUAAAUGAAAAACUCUCAAUGGUGAGGAAGAGGAGUAAUCGAAAGAAAGUCCAUAAGUCAAGGAGAACGUUUCGUUCUAUAUGUCCAAGGAACUUUUUUUUAAGGGAGAAGGGAGUGGAGACACGUCAUGUGGACAUUCACUUAAAAUGCACUGCCAUGUACACCUUACAACCAUAUUAUUAAUAACCUGAAAAUCAACGUUACAAAUAUAUAAAGAUAAUAUAAAUAUAAGGCCAUAAGGGUCCUUAUUAUUGUGCAUAUACGUCUUAUUUAUAGGCUAUAAUAAUAAACGAUAACAUUUAAUGUCGUAGCUUUUACUAAAAUAUCAAUAUUAUAAUUACAUAAUAAUUUUAGAUCGUGGCUUUUAACAAUUUAAUUUUAAUUUUUUUUAUCUAAUCAUAAGGAAAAAGAUAGUACGUUUGUAAAAACGAAUAUAUUUAAGUUUAAGGUUUCUAGUAGCAUUGAUAAUGGACGGCGUGAAAUUAUUAUUUACCUAUUUAUUAAGUUAUGUGCGAUAUAUGGUUUAAAUAUUUUAUUAUAAUAAUUUAUUUAUUUUAUUUUUAUUCUCUUUUAAGUAUAAUAUGACGUUUUGGACGUUUGUUUGGUUUUUGGUAAUUUAAUUUUGAUAAUUUAACUAAUUUCACCCCCGUCCCCCCUCGAAUUUGAAUUUGAAUUCAACCUCCACUGGUACGUUACGGUAGACUUCACACUGAGUUUAUACUAAAGAAAUAGUCAACACUAUACGAUAUCUUUUAAAGGCUCCAGUAUCGAUAUUCUCAAAUAAAUAAUUGGAUGAUGUAGUAUUUAUAAUAUAUAUUCGUGUGAUAUAAUAAUGAACGCGUGGUAACACUAAAUUAAAUUUCCUAUAAAAAAAAAAUAAAUAAUAAUAAAGAAAAUAUGUAUGGGACAAUAUACGAGUAUACACGCUGAAAUCAAUUAUACUUAUAUAAAUACUAUCUAUUAGAUAGAUAUACAGAAAACAGGAUAGUUAUUUAUAAGUAUAGAUAUAUUAAUUAUAUUAAACAUAAAUACUUACCUACUAUAUUAUUAUGUAUAUUAUACCUAUUUAAUAUAAUUGUAUAGGUUCAUUUUAAUUACCUAUGAUAAUUAUUGUCAUUUUAGAUGAUAUCAAAAAUUUAAAAUAGGUACUUGAUUCUCGUAUACCUUGUUUUAAAAUAAAACUGAAUAUAAAUAUUAAUGUUUUAGGUACUAUUAUACUAAUCAUGAUUAAUAUUAUUUAAAAUUAUAAAACACUAUUUAGAAUUUAGAUGUAAAAUCACAUCAUAAAAUAAAAAAUACCUACUAUUUAUUUAACCACGAUGUGGUUAUUAUAAUACAAUAUCAAAAUCGGUGUCUUACAAAAUUUACCUCGGUUUCAAUACGAUAAUAUAAUAUAACCUACCUAUUAUUAUUGUAGAAGUAAAAAUCGAAUAAUAUUAAACAUUAGUAUCUAUCUACUUUUAUUUGCUUACCAACUUUUUAACAGUCUUUAUAUAGAUUUAUUUUUCAACUAAAUUACAGUAGGUGGUUUUAUUUCGAUCAUUUUACACGAAAAAUUGUAUUUUUAUUAAAUAUAUUAAAAAUGUUUACCUAUAUUAUACAAUACUUAAUAUAAUAUCUACCUAUUGAAAAACAAUGUUCAUAAAAAUGAAUUUUUCUUCGUUGAUGGAAAACGUUAACGAAAAAAUGGUCACAUCAAUUUGAUAAAAAAUCUAUAGGCUCAAAUAGUAUUUAGAAACUGAAAAAUUUGUAUCUUUAUUGAUUUUCAACUAAAUGGAAAAACUGUAUUUUAUCUAGCUACUUACAUGUUAACAAAGUUAUAUUUUCUAAGAAAAAAGGCUACAAUUUUCAUUUAUUACCUAUAUUUGCGUAUGUCAAAAAAUCUAAUAGAAAAAUACUCACACCUAUGUCAAUCUACAUAUAAAUUGUUGAUAAUAAUAAUAAAUUAUUAAAAUGUAGAUAAGUACCUAUUAAAAUCUGCAAACGUGUUGGUUUUGGUCCAGUUGAUAUUAUAAUUGUGUUAAAUUGUAGAGCGCUUACAGCCUUUGAUUUUUUGCUUUUUAAUGUUUCAGUAUGUAAUUAUAUAGCUCACGAAAGUUGCCUAAAAAAACCCGGCAUAUCACCUUGCCAUAGUCUAGCAGCUAGUUUAAUUAAGGUAGGUAUCACUAUAAUAUAUUUAUAUUUAUUUAAAAAUAAAUAGUACAUUUUUAGUUUGGUUACUAUAUUUGUUUGUUUUAUCAAUAGAAUCCAGUAUCGCAUUGUUGGUCCGAACCAGCAAGAAUUAGAAAUCAAAGAUGUUGUAAUGUUUGUCGAAAACGAAUUGAUGGUCGUACCUUCAGUGUUACGUGUGAAAGUAAGUAGGCCUAAAUUAUGAAUCUAUCUUAUUUUUAUAGUGUUAUAUCGGAUUUGAUUUCGAUUAUUGUUUCACUUUAUACCCAAAUAUUUAAGGUGGUUGCAAUUUUAUAUCUUCAUAGGUAUAAGAGUGUAUUACUUACCAUGCGACAUCCCAUUAGUGGCAUUUGGCAAUCAUUAAAGGAGGAGUAAAAAUUAAUCAUAACUUACAGACAUGUAUCCCCUCAUCCAUCCAAAUAACCAAUUUAAAAAAAAUAACAUAUUAAUAUUGGCAGGUAAAUGACAAAUAUUAAAAACAUACAUUUCUUAAAGCAAAAUAAUAUUUUUUUAUUUAAAAAAUAUUAUUUCAUUCUGCGAAAGAGCAGAAUGAUUAUUUUUUCGCAGAUUAUUUUGCUAUCAAUUGCAGUUCUGUCUUCCAAGUAACGCAUUUAAGUGUUGCUAUGUUUAAUAGUUUAAUAUAAAACAAAUCAUUAAAAAGUCAUAAUAUAUUAAUUUAUUUUUCAGUAUCUACGCCUAUUUUUUCAAAACUAGAAUAUAAAUUUUCUUGGGGUGAAUUAAGAAAUAAGUUAAAUAAAUUAUGGACCGUGAACGAGAUACAGAUUUCGAUUAUGUCUAGAAAACGUCAAUUUAUUCUAAUAAUCUUCAAAUGUUCUUAUAUUUAAUUGAAAAAAAAAACAUACGUCAGCAUGAAAAAUAAUAGUUUUUAAUUUUUCGAAAUAAAUAGAAAAUAUUGUUGUUCGUUAAUAUAAUUGAUUUUUAAAAAGUUAAGUUCACUUUGAAUAUCCGUUCAAGCACUUAGUUGGUUUAUAAGGUAUUUUUAAAUUUUAAUCACAUUACAAUAAUUUCUAUUUUAAACAAACAUACAUGUUUGUUAUAGUAAAUCAUAUUAACUGUCUCCCGUAUAUAGAUAAUUUGUGAUAUAGUAUAUUUUAGAAAUUUGUUAUACGUUAUAAAUUUGAUACUUACUAUAAAUAUUUUAUUUUUAUCUAUCGAUAGAUUUUAAAUGUAAAUCCACAUUCACAACUGAGCACAUAUUGAUUGAGCAUACAAAAAUAUGUUUUCGCGAUUUCAUGUAGACAAGCAUCCGACUGUCGGUCUGUGGUCCGUGCUUAAGUAUGAACGUGGCAUAAGAAAACAUAUUUAUUCGGUAUUCCUCUAUAACGAAUUAUGUCGUAUGGUUUAUAGUGUUGGUUGGUAGACAGAAAAAUAUAAUUGAAAAUGAGUGUAACAGAGAUGAGAAUGUUUAGGUGGAUGAAUGGAGUGAUGGGAGAAGAUAGGAUAAGGAAUGAGUAGGUAGAUAAGAAAUAAAUAAGGCCUGGCUUCAUAAAUAGGCAAAAUAAAAGAAGAUAUACUAAGAUGGUUUAGGAAUGUCACGAGGGAAAAGGAAUUUAAAGCAGUAAACAUUUUAAUGGAAAUAAAUGUAAGAGGAAAAAGAUAUACCAAAAGGAAGACCGAAAAGAGGUGAUCAUAUAUAAUUGAGACUGAUAUAAGGCCAGUGGAUUUAAACGGGGAUAAGUGGGAGAUUGGGUCAAGUGGGAGUUUAGGACGACCCCUAAUAAUUGAGACGAAAGCGAAGGAGAAAAAGAAGAAGUUACAUAGAUCCUUAACCGUACUUAUAGGUAUCAUUUUUUAGCAAAACCAUAUUAUCUACAUACCUAAUACUGGUAUAGGUUUACUGAUAUCCAUGAUGUAUGAACAUGGUGCCAACUUCCAGUUCUAUGUACAUAGUACCUACAUCAUUCUGACUAUUUUUUUUUAAUACAAAAUCGAAUAAAACCGGACAUUUUAUUGGAAAAGAGAGAAAAUCUGAAGUAGACGGGAUAUAUAUGGAGAAAAUAAGGAUGUAUGGUGAAGUUAAUGUUACACGAGAACCUAAAGAGAAAAAUACUGUUGGAAAGGUCACGUUUGCACUGGGAAAAUUAAAUAAAGAGUGAUGAAUUUUCAUCAGAAUACAAAUUGGUGAAAAAUAGCGAAAGAUUGGAUUUUUUAGGAUAUUUCGUCUGAAAUUCAAAUAAACGGGAAAAAAAUUGUACAUAUAAGUUAUAUAUAUUAUAUAAGUACAACAUUUUAUUAAAAUUUCCUGUAUUCUAAAAUAUUUAGCUCUAACAAAAUCGUAUAGUUUUAAAAUUAUUAUUUCCUCAUUAGUUUUAUUAAUAUAAAGCAGGAUGAAUUAUUCAAUAAAAUGCAUUUGUAUUAACAAAAUCAUUAUUUUUAGAUCAAAACAAUAUGUACAUACAAUUUUCAUUCUAACUUAAAUUUAUGAAUAUUUAAUUUCAAAAGUUUUAUUGAAGAGAAAUAUUUAUAUCUAUUCAUGAUACCUAUAUUAUAUAAGUAAUUAUAUAUUAAAAAGUAUAUAUAUAAACGUUUUACAGUUUGCCAUUACUAUACCCAUGUCGAUUGUAUACCAUCGGCAGUAGCAGAUUGUAAAGAAACAGCCACUUAUCAUCCUGGAAAGUUAUUGACAUCUGUACACCAUGAGCACCAUUGGAGAGAAGGCAAUCUUAGGCCGGGUGCAGUGUGUUAUGCUUGUGCCAAACCAUGCUGGACUACUGAUUGUCUGGCUGGAUUUCGAUGUGAAUGGUGUGGUAUUACGGUAAGUAAAAUAAUAAACUUAAAAAUGGAUUUGAAAGUAAACACAUUGUAUAAUAUGCACUGUACAGUGUACAUAAAUUACAUAUUAUGUCAUAUUAUAUUAUACAUUUAUAACUGCAACUAAAACCCGAGGACGAAUAAUAUAAUAUUUUGAUUUAUUUUUUUAACGUUAAUGGUAAUAGGCUCAUGCAACAUGUCGUACUCAAAUACCUUACGAAUGUGAUUUUGGAAUUCUUGGUCCAAUUUAUUUACCUCCACAUGCAGUUAGUAUUCCGCGUACAGAAGUACCAAUGGAAUCAAUUAUUGGUGUACAAGUGCGCAGAAAAGAUAAACAGACACGUAAGAUAUAAGAUAAUAAGAAAAUACAAAAAUAUAAUUAAUAAUAAAUUAUUUAAUUUUCUUCUUAUAGCUCGAAGUAUAUCAAUUGAAUUUAGUAGCGGUGAGAGUAAAACAAAAGACGCCGAAGAUGAGGAAAUGUAUGAAGUAGAGAAAACUAAAGAAGACAAAAAUGAAGGUUUUCAUUAUAUUAUUUAACGUGAACAAAUUAUUUUUAUAAAAGCAAUAUGGUUUAUUUUUUCUUGUAGAAUUAGUCAAAGUGUAUGAUGGUGAUGCAUCUUAUUUAAAACAUACAAGUUUCACGGUAAAAGUGCCAAAAGCAGUAAAAACCGAAACACUCAUUUCCACUAUACUUCAAUCGUUAAAUAUCUCUCAAUCUGCGGGUAAUUAUACCAUCAAUUUUAAAUAAUAUUUUGAAAAUUGUAAUGACAAAACUAUUUAUUUUUUAUUUUAGAAAAUUUUUAUUUGACUGAUGCUUAUGGUUUAAAUGAACCAAUUUUGGAGGAUCCAAAUCCAAUAAAUAAUGUUACUAGAUUAGGAGGCAAGAAACCGGCUGUUUUUCUAAGACUCAAGUUAGUAUACAUUUUUUAAUUUAGGUACAUUAUUUUAAAUUUCAUUAGAACUUUAAUAUACUAAUUUAAUUUUUAAUAAAAUAUUUUUUUAGACAAGACAGUCACGGUGGUUUGGUACGAGUUUAUCCUGGUCGCCUACAAACUGAUAUACCUUUUUGCGUAGUUUCUGUCGAUCGACAGACUACGGCUAAAGAUCUGAUCGUCGAGUCUUUGGCUCGAUUCGGCUUUACUUCACACAAUUCAACCGACUAUAGACUUAGUCAGGUUUUGUUGGAACACGGAGGUAAAUCUGUAUUUUUCAUCAAAAUUUAAUUUUUAAUCCUUGUUAAUAUCUAUCUAUCAACUGUUUUAUAGUAACGGAACGAGUUUUAGAUUUUGAUGAAAAACCAUUAGAUAUAAUAAAAAAUAUUGGACAAGAAUCUCUAAGACAAAUGGAACUAAUGCGGUUUUAUUUGCAACUAAAACAAGAUCCUCAUGGGCCUAAUAUUGCCUUGUUUGUUGGAAAUUUACCAACUGGUUUAUCUCAGCGUACAUAUGAAAAUAUUUUAAUGACGUUUUUAGGAGAAGGUAUAAAUAUAAAUAUUCUAAAGAAAUAAAUAUAAUAAAUAUAUUUAUACAUUUUAUAAUUUAAUUUUCUUUUGUAGAGUGCAGGUUUUUAACUAUUGGACCAAUUUAUUACGAGUACGGUUCGUUGGUUAUCAUGUACAAUGAAACUGAUGUCGCUGUAAAUGCGAUGUAUCUUCUUAGAAGUUCUGAAUAUGAACACAAACAUCUGUUAGUUAUGUUAUUACCGAACAUUGAUCCAGUUAUGGUUCCAGCAGACACACAGCCAUUAUUAGUAUUUGUAAACGUUAAGUCAGGUGGCUGCCAAGGUUUGAGCUUGAUAUCUAGUUUUCGAAAACUACUUAAUCCAUAUCAAGUAUUUGAUUUGGGAAACGGAGGACCCCUGCCCGGGUAAUUGAAAAUAUAUUUUUCAUAAUAUUCCUAAUUAGGUAUUUGUAAAAUGUAUUUUGCAUAUAUAUUUUUCAGGUUAUACGUAUUUAGGCAUAUAAGAGAUUACAAAAUCCUUGUUUGUGGUGGUGAUGGUACCAUUGGUUGGGUACUGCAAUGUUUAGACAAUGUUGGUCAAGAUAGUGAAUGUUCGUCACCGCCAUGUGCUAUUGUCCCAUUAGGUACUGGAAAUGAUUUAGCCCGUGUACUUAAAUGGGGUGCUGGGUACAAUGGUUCGGAUGAACCCAUACAUCUUCUAGAGGAUGUCAUUGAAGCAGAAAAGAUACGAUUAGAUAGAUGGACGGUGGUCAUUCACCAUGAAGAUGGGGCAGAUGGUCGGCCUAUCCACGUGCCCAAUUCAGUUGGUAAGUUAAUAUUUUAAUAUUUGACUCGUUUUAUUUGCAUUUAUUAUAUUAGUUAUGAUUAAGUACAUAUUUUUUAAAAAAAAUGUUUACAUUUUAUAGGAAUGAGCGAAGAUAAUACUCAAAUUUUUGUGAUGAAUAAUUAUUUUGGCAUCGGUAUCGAUGCUGAUUUAUGUCUUGCAUUUCAUAAAGCUCGAGAAAAAAAUCCAGAAAGAUUUAAUAGUCGGUAAGCAUUUUAUUAUAGGUAUAACUGCAUAUGUAAUAACAAUUUAUGUACCUAAUUUAAUUUAUACAAAAAUACUUUUAUAAUUAAAACACAAUUUAAUUUUUGUAUCAUCUGGGAUUUUUAAAUAUAUUUUAUUAUACCAGUGUAGUUUAAACUGGUUGCUUUCAAAGCCACUUUUUUGUCUAAGAAGAUAUGAGGGAUAUAUUUAUACAAUUACUCAGAACUGUUUUACACAUUCAUAAAAUGACUCUUGAAUUACAAAUGAUUUGACCACAAUGUAUUAUAUUAGUUAUAUUUAAUUCAUUUGAUAAAUUACUUUAUUUGAAUAUAAACAUGAUUAUGUAUAAUUAAUGAUUAUAAAUUUAUAUAUUAUAGAAUUGGUAACAAAAUUGAAUACUUAAAUGUUGGGUUGCGUAAAAUCAUCCAUCCUCCUUGUAAAAAUCUACAACAAGGUGUCCGUCUAGAGGUAGAUGGAAAACUAGUAGUACUUCCUCAACUUGAAGGACUUAUUAUUUUAAAUAUUUUGAGGUACUUAUAUAUUUCCUAUCUCUUUAAGAAAUAUCAAAUACAAGUGUACUUACUAUUUUGUUACAAAGUUGGGGAUCUGGAGCUAAACCAUGGGGUCGAAAUUGUAACGAAGAACAAUUUUCCACUCCUAACCACUGGGAUGGUAUGCUUGAAGUUGUGGCCGUAUCUGGAGUUGUUCAUUUAGGUCAGAUUCAAACUGGACUUAGAUAUGCUAAACGAAUAGCUCAAGUUAGUUUAUAAACUAUUACAUUUUAUUUAAUAAUUAUAAAGCCCAUGCUUUUUUAGGGUGGACAUGUCAAAAUUAAUUUAACUAAUGAAGUUCCUGUACAAGUUGAUGGUGAACCAUGGGUACAAGGACCUGGUGAAUUGAUCAUUUUGAAGUCUGCUUUAAAAGUAUGUCAUGAAAUUUGACAAUGUCUGUAUAUAUUAUAUAUUUUUAGUUUAUCUACAAAGAAUAGAUUAUUUUAUUUUUGUAUAAUAUGUAUACUAUAUAUAUAUAUAUAUAUAUAUUUUUUUUUAUAGGCGACUAUGCUUAAAAAAGUAAAACGAACAGAACGGAAACAAACUUCUCGCACUCGUGCUGUUAGAUACAUGGCAAAUCUACAAGUUAUGUCAUCGAUUAAUGGAAGUGAAAGUGAAUGAAUCUUCCACUAAUCUUAAUUGUCUAACACAUAGUGAAGACAAGUUUUAAUUCAAAAAUUCGUUAAUUACUUACUUUAAAUAAGUUAUCUUCUGCUACAGCAGAAUAAAUUUUUAAAUAAAUAUUGUAGAAAAAAAAUCAUAGUAUAGGAGCUUUUCAAUUGUAAUUACCGUUUUAUAGCAGGUCCCUAUUUUUGAAAAUACAUUAAUAUGUAAUGUGGUGUUUGUAUACAAUAUUGCCUAUAUGGCUGUAUAUUGAUACCUAUAUUUUCAAAAAUAGGGCUUAUGUUGUAUCAUUUUAGUAUUAAAAAGUGCUUUUAUGUUAAACUCUAUUUGUUUUAAGAUUUAUAAAGAUAUAAAGAUAUAUAAGUUCAUAUGUAUGUAUAUGAUGUUUGUGUAUGAUAAUAUUAUGUAUAUACUUUCAAAAAUAGGGCUUCUGUAUAAAUUUAGUUUUUAACAAAGUAAACAAGUGAUUUUCUUUUAAAACCCUAUUUUUGAUGGUAUAUAAAAUAUUCUUCAUAUAUAACAUUGGUAGGUUUAAAUACUUUUAAUAAUAGGGCCACUGUAAUUAAAUCAAAGUAAUUUAAUAAUUUAAUAGAUCUGAGAAAAUAUAAAAACUCUAGAACAACAUUAUUGGUGACUUAAUCAUUUGAGGGGCUCGUUCAUUGUGGCGACUUACGAGUGGUCAUAAUGAAUUCCAAAUGAUUAUGUUAUCGAUUUGAAUUGUUUAUCAGUAAAUUUUAAAUUGUACAUUAUUUUUUGCUUAUUUAAUAUUCAAUGAAUUGCAAUUUAUUAACUAUAGGAUUAUAGUAAUUUCAUUUUUAUUAACUUUCAAAUAUAUGUUAAUAUAAUAUAUAUCAUAAUCCCCAAUAUAUUUGUGUGCCCUGUGUCAAAUUAUUGUAUUAAUUCAAAGUUUUUUUUAUGAUAUAAAGAAAUAAUAUAUGCCAUUUUUGGCAGUAGGUAAGUUGAUUGCUCUGAAACUCAUAUGCACUUGUAUGUCAGUAAUAUUAUACUCAUGCAUCAUAUUGAUUUUAAGUCAGAUGAAUUUCAUGCUACAUUGUGGCGAUUUAGAUACUUAGUGGUCAAGUAUAGGGUCAUAGGAACCAAUUAUAAAUUCAUAGGUAUUAUCUUAUAUCACAGUUGGAAUAAUAGAAGUAUUUUAUUUUAUAUUUCGAUACGUCAAAUAACAAGAAUCUCGUAUAACUAAAUGAUAAAUUAAAAUUGUAUAUAAUUUAAAACUAAUUAUGUACUUAAUAUUACGAUUAUAGUCAUUUUUAACUAGGUAUUAUUCACCUAAUCAUAAAGAGUGCACAUAAGUUUGAAUUUAUGAUUUUUUAUUAAUUAUCUAAUAAAUAAACAAUUGAAGUUGAAC